AUGGCAAAAACAUGUGUCUUGUUGGCCGUCCUCCUGGUGAUACCGUCGAGGCUGUCCGCAGAUUCUCCCGCAGGGCUGUCAGUACACGCUUUUGCUUCCUCAAAUUCCACAGACCCACAGGUCACCACUGCAGACAGUGUGAUCGCCAUGUUUGCAGCAGAGGUGCUGGUUCAAUCCCACUUGCUGUUGGAUUCGGACCUGACCACAGACUCGGUCAUUGGGGACAACCCUCCUGCAGUCAAUGGGGACCAAGGAACUUUCUCAGCCUACCCGGUGCCUCAAAACGUCCGCUCAGCCGUCAACAUGACAAUUGUCACCACUGACAAGGCUGCGGCAAAGAAGCCGUGCACGCUGCAAGUGAAGGGCCCCAACAGCUCCAGCUACACAGACACAACUGCAGCAAAUAUUGAAGCUGACAUGUGCUGCAAUGCCACUGUGAAAUUGACCAGCAGUCCAACCCUCAAAAUGGAGCCCACUGUCCGUGGAUAUGCCUUCAACACCUCCUAUGUGAUCGUCGCCUCAGACCAGGACGCUCUGCCUCGCAGAACAGCUCUGGACGGAGUGAACUGCGCGACGUACAUCUACAACGACCUCAAUCAGCCAGUGAAGCUGCCGCAGAACGCUUUGCCGCUCACCGAAGCAGCCAUAGAGGCGACACAGCCCAUCUCGAUAAAAGAUGGCAAGAUCCUGGGCGUCGAUGGGAUGCCCCUCGCCAUCAAGGGCGUCAACUGGUUUGGAUUUGAGACAGCAGUCACUGUUGUUCACGGGCUCUGGCAAGGACCAACGGCCCUCACGCAGGAUUUCCAGAAUGUUGUCCUGCGAAUUAAACUGCUGGGCUUCAACACCAUCCGCCUGCCCUUCUCCUUCCAGGUCCUGCUCAACCUGCAGCCGCGGUCCUUCACAGCCCAGUGCCAGGCGACCACCUGGGACGAGAUGAAAAGGAGCGUUGUGCCACCGGGGGUGAACAUCAGUGAUGGGGUCAUGCCUCCUGACCUGCCGGCGCGCGACCCGCAGCGGGUGGGCUGGUGCAACGACGCACUGCCGGACACCAACGUGUACGCUCGCUUCCUCUAUUUCGUGCGCUACCUGGCGGCCAACGGCUUCUAUGUGAUCAUCGACAACCACUUCAACGUCGACUCGCUCGCCAUUGACCAGCCAGACACCUGGGUGCAAGCGUGGACCCAACUGCUUAAGGACAUUGUUGCUGACAACAUGUCUGCCCAGCGAGUCAUGGUGGACAUUCUGAACGAGCCGGACUCCCGCGGCCUGAAGUACGUUCCCAGCUCACUCCCUGGCAGGGAGUCCCUACAUGUGAGCAAGACAACGCUCUUCCUGAUAGAGGGCAGUGGGCAGCUGGGGAGCGCGAUGAAUUGGGGAGACGGCUUCAUCACAGAUGCAUCAGCCAUCCGCAUUGGGGGAAUAAGCGACCCAAACCCCUUUUUUACCGCCCUUUUGGGCAGACCCUAUCUCAACAACGUCAUCAUCUCCCCCCAUUACUACCCGCCCUCUGUCUCCACCUCAACCGACAUUUCAGGAUCAAAGCUGUGGGAGAAGAUGACUCUCUCCUUCGGCUAUCUGACCAAGGCAGGCUACGGCGGCCACAUCUUCCCUGUAGUCAUCGGAGAGACCGGCACCCGCUUUGAAACGCAAGGUGAUGUGGCGUUCAUGGAAGACAUGGCGGCAUACAUGCGCGUGGACAAUGCUGCCAACGAUGGACUGCACGCGCCGAUUCCCCACAUGGUCUGGUGGGACUGGAAUCCAAACUCUGGCGAUACUGGCGGCCUCGUUCUUGACGGCUGGACUGUGAUCCUGUGGGACAAGAUCGACUUCCUGGCGCCGGCGCCGGCGGUAGCCGCGGCCGGCUGCGCGGCGGCCGUGACCCUUGGCAACCCCUGGAACGAGGGAGCAAAGCGGAUGAAUACCGUGUCCCUGGCCAUCAAUAAUACUGGAGGAAGGGCUAUCUCUGCCCCUUGGACGCUGGAGGUUUGCCGAAACAGCUAUGCGGGCUCCAACAAGGCCUGGAACUGGGGCAGCGCCGGCGGAGUCACGGUCUCCAAUGGGGUUGCCUCCGGCCAGGUGACAGUGGCAUUGCAGCCAAAGUCAAACAACACAGUGAGCGUGGGAGCAAACAUCCAGAGCACCAAUGAAGGCUGGUUCCCAGAUUCAGUCUCUGUCAACGGCACAAAGUGCACAAUCGCCAAUGCUUCAACCACCUCGCCAACCCCGCCAAAACCCCCAAAUCUCUCGCCGCCGCCCCCUGCUAAACCCUCAAAUCCCCCGCCGCCGCCGCCACCGGCGUACACCUGUGAUGCAGUCGUCUUGCUCGGCAACCCCUGGAGCGAGGGAGCUAAGCGGAUGAACACUGUUUCCCUGACACUCAGCAACCGGGGAGCAAAGCCGAUCGCAGCCCCCUACACACUCGAGGUGCAUUACAAGGGUUACCUCAGCGCCAACACCCCCUGGCACUGGGGGGUCUCUAUUGCGCUCAAGGUCUCCAACGGCGUUGUCUCCGGCCCCGUCACCCUGGCAUGGGCAACGCUGCAGCCAAACUCAGGCAACAAGGUGGGCGUGGGAGCAAACAUUCAGAGCGCUGAUGGGAUUUGGUUCCCUGUAUAUGUCACAAUCAACGGCGCAAAAUGCAACAUCAUCAAGGGCUGA